AUGGUUUCUUGGAACUUCCAAAAAUUUAAAACCAUGAAACAUCUACUACUGCUACUAUUGUGUGUUUUUAUAAUUAAGGGCCAAGCUAUUGAUGACUACGAUGAGGAAGAAGAUGUCAGAGCUAAUUUAAGAUGUUUUCAUUUGGAUGCCCGUGGUCAUCGACCCUAUGACAAGAAGAGGGAAGAGCCUCCCAGCCUGAGACCCGUCCCCCCUCCCAUCAGCGGAGAUGGCUAUAAGGCUCGUCCAGCCAAAACAGCUAACCGCCAGAAGAAAGUGGAGAGAAAACCCCCUGAUGCUGACGGCUGCCUGCACGCUGACCCAGACCUGGGCGUGUUGUGUCCUACAGGAUGUCAGUUGCAAGAUACUUUGGUAAAAGAGGAAAGACUAACCAGAAAGAAUGUAGAAGAGUUAAUGACUAAUAUAGAGUCUGUUUCCCAGACCACUUCUUCCACCUUUCAGUAUAUAACUCUGCUAAGAAACAUUUGGAAAGAGAGGCAGAAGCAAGUAAAAGAUAAUGAAAAUGUAAUAAAUGAGUACUCCUCACAGCUGGAAAAGCACCAGUUAUAUAUAGAUGAGACUGUGAACAGUAAUAUUCCAACUAAACUUCGUGUGCUCCGUUCAAUUCUGGAAAAUCUGAGAAGCAAAAUACAAAAAUUAGAAUCGGAUGUCUCAACUCAGAUGGAAUACUGCCGCAGCCCGUGUACUGUCACUUGCAAUAUUCCUGUGGUGUCUGGCAGAGAAUGUGAGGAAAUUAUCAGGAAUGGAGGUGAAACAUCUGAAAUGUAUCUCAUUCAGCCUGACAGUUCUACCAAACCAUAUAGAGUAUACUGUGAUAUGAAAACAGAAAGAGGAGGAUGGACAGUAAUUCAGAACCGUCAAGAUGGUAGUGUUGACUUUGGCAGGAAAUGGGAUCCAUAUAAGGAAGGAUUUGGAAAUAUUGCAACCAAUGCAGAUGGGAAAAAAUACUGUGGUGUACCAGGUGAGUAUUGGCUUGGAAAUGACAAAAUUAGUCAGCUUACCAGGUUGGGACCCACAAAGCUUUUUAUUGAAAUGGAGGACUGGAAAGGAGAUAAGGUGACAGCACUCUAUGAAGGAGUCACUGUACAGAAUGAGGCCAACAAAUAUCAACUCUCAGUGAGCAACUACAAGGGCACAGCUGGCAAUGCCCUCAUAGAAGGAGCUUCUCAGCUGGUGGGAGAAAACCGGACUAUGACCAUCCACAACAGCAUGUUCUUCAGCACAUACGACAGAGACAACGAUGGCUGGAAAACUACAGAUCCCAGAAAGCAGUGUUCUAAAGAGGAUGGUGGUGGAUGGUGGUAUAAUAGAUGUCAUGCGGCCAAUCCAAAUGGCAGAUACUACUGGGGUGGCCCUUAUACCUGGGACAUGGCAAAGCACGGCACAGACGAUGGAGUGGUGUGGAUGAACUGGCAGGGGUCCUGGUACUCAAUGAAGAAGAUGUCCAUGAAGAUCAGGCCCUACUUCCCAGAGCACUAG